CCGUGUCGCGCGCUCCCGAUACGAGCACGAGCCGAGGCUCCCUUCACAUUCAGUGCAGGAGCCAGAGCAAGAACCAGGAAGUGAAAGUAUACACAUGGAGGGUGUGUCUGUGCCCGCUACCGUAUGUUUUAUUUUUAAAAAAACCGUCCUCCGCGGUUAAAUAAAUGGGAGACUCGGCGAGGACCAAGCGGCGGGAGCAGCUGAAGCGCUGGGCCGGCUCCUGCACCGACAAAGCGUCGGACGUGCCCCGACGGAGGUGGCGGGGCGAUGCCGGGGACGGAGCAAGGGAGCCCGAUGCCGAGCUUAACGACCCGCAGAAGGAGCAGAUAGAAUCUGCGGAAAGAGAUGGAAGCAGCCUCCCCAGACGACGGAAGAGUGUGAGGUUUGACAGAGCUGCUGAGUUCCUGGCAACCUGUGCCAGUGGUGACACAGAGGAGGCCAAGGUGAUGCUGGAUGAAGCCAAAAGGAGGAACGGGGACGAUGUGGCAGACACUGUCAACUGCUGCAAUGCUGAUGGCAUCACGGCUUUGCACCAGGCCUGCAUAGAUGGCAGCAUAGAAAUGGUGACAUUUCUUCUGGAGCAUGGUGCUACCGUGAACCAGGUUGACAGUGAGGGAUGGACACCGCUGCAUGUUGCUUCCUCCUGCGGCUACGCUGACAUUGCAGAAUUCCUUUUGAAGCAAGGUGCAUCUCUUUCUGCUGUGAACUGUGAUGGUGACGUUCCUCUGGACAUUGCUCUGGAUGAAACCACUGAAUCCCUUCUUCAGGAUUACACUGUGAGGCAGGGUGUGGACUUGGAGGCAGUCAAACGGCUGGAGGAGGAGCAGAUCACGACAGAUGCCCGGAUCUGGCUGACUGAGGGCCCACCUGACAACAUUCGACACCCAAAGACUGGAGCCACCCCGUUGCAUGUGGCCGCUGCCAAAGGCUACACAGAGGCCCUGAAGAUACUGUGUCAGUGUGGGCUGGAUGUAUCCGCCACAGACUUUGAUGGCUGGACUCCUCUCCAUGCAGCCGCCCACUGGGGUCAGGGGGACGCAUGCUGCAUUCUGGCUGAGCAACUGUGCAAUAUGGAGGCUCGCAGCAAUGGGGGUCAGACACCCUUUGAAGUAGCCGAUGAAAGUGUUUCGCAGCUCCUGGAAGAGUUAUCACAGAAACAAGCCAAUUGGCGCAAUGAACAGUCUAUUUCAGACAGACAGAACCAGCCAGGCUCCAAUGCUACAAAUGCACAAAAUAAGCGUCGGAGGAGUUCAGUAUGCAGGAUGAGCAGCAAGGACAAGAUGAACGUUCAGGAUCAGUCGAAAGAGAGGGGUGUUUCAGGAGACCUGGAACUGAGUGAGGAUAAGGAGAGCAGCCCCGAAAGCUCCACAGUUUCCAGUCCAGAUUCGGAGAGUGUGACCACAUCUGCAGUCAGCCCUGCUGACAAGACAUCAGAGGAGAAAGAUGAGGAGGAGGAGGAGGGGGAGAAAGACAAGGCAAGCCGCACUGCCAGAGUCCAACCUACUCCGCAGAUGAAGGAUGCUGCAGCUGAGAGCCCCAACGCUGACAAGAAACAACAGCAGCACAAACAAUUCCAGGCUCCAGUUAGAGAUGAAGAGUCUGAGUCUCAAAGGAAAGCUCGCUCUCGGCUGAUGCGUCAGUCUCGCCGGUCCACACAGGGUGUGACUCUGACAGACCUGAAAGAAGCAGAGAAGACUGUCAGUAAAGCUGCUGAUCCUCCACCUAGAAACAUCCAGCCUGUGAGCCCCAUUGUCACUGUCACACCUGCUGAAAUGGACACUGAAUCUGUGAAGCAGGUGGAGUCGGAGGGAGAUAAACGUCUCGGAGCAAAGGACCGGAGAAGAGGGAGGAGGGAAAGACGCUCAACUGGUAUUGUUCAGCUGGGAGAAAAUGAUGAAGAUGAGGCUCAGCUGGAUGAAACAAAACGUAAUAUCACUUCUGAUGAGAGACGACUGGGAGAUUCGUCUAUAGACUACAGGAUGCUGUAUUUCAAAGAGCUGCAUGAGAAAAUGGCUCUAAGGGAAAAACUAGAGAAGAUGGAGCUGCUGCUGAGCCAGAACAAAGUGGAGCUGGAGAGACUACAACAGGUCCGGCAGAAUCAAGAGGGCAGCUCAGACAGACCAGCUCUGCUGGAAUUGGAGAGAUUUGAGAAGAUCGCCCUCCAGAGGAAAGCAGUAGAAAUGGAGGCUGAGCUGAAGGUUCUGGAAGACCUCAAAGCAGACAACCAGAGGCUGAAGGAUGAGAACGCUGCUCUCAUUCGAGUCAUCAGCAAGCUCUCUCGAUGAACCUGGAAAAACAUGGAGACAAAAGGUAUUACAGGAUUUAAAAGACGGAAACCAGAAAGACACAGCGUCUCCUGGAGCAACAUACACAUUUCAGAGUUGUUUCCUGCAUUUUUGGACCUUUAUGUUCGGCAGAUCUACUGUAUAACAAGCUGAACUGCACCCCCUGUGGACCGACAGGAUGUCCCUGUUCACAUCUACUUUUAUAUUAAGUUUUUAAUGGUGUAUUUUUUUAACUGGAAUAUUUUAAUGCGCUUUGCUUCAGUGAUUCUUUGUAUAAAAUCUGUGUUAAGAGACUUGAAGCCAUGCACAAAGAGGGCUCGCAGUAAUGUUAGUUUUAUUGUCUUCUGAAAGGGUGGAGUUAAAAAAAAAAAGCCAGUCAGGUGUGUGAGGUGGUUCCACACACAAAAAAAGACUUAAAUGUGCCAAAAUAAAAGGAAAAAAAAAGCCCGUUUUGCACAUGCUUUGGGUAAAACUCCAACGGUCAGUGUUUUUUCUCAGGAUGAGUGUUGGUUUGAUGCUUUCUGUCUUUAGCCAGCUGCUGUAAAAUGGGCCAAACCUGCAUGUUCAUCUCUCCUCACUGAAUGUGUAUUUCACAUACAUGUUGACGUACAAGGACCACCUGUGGGACGAAGUGAUGGGAAGGAGUUGUGGGUGCUAAUCGAUCAUGUUCAGAGAAACGGAUAAAAUGUUUGUUACAAAUGUGAGCUCUGGAGGGUUUGUGGAUUACACAUAACUUCAGUAGUGUACAGCAGUAGUUUAUACUUUUGCUAUAUUGACUGGAUGCUUCUAAAGCUGCGACCCCUCAAAGUAUUGACCUUGUGAUGGAUGGCUGUAGUCUUAACAGACAAGCCAGACAGUUCAUCCUCUUAAUGUUUACUUCAUUAUGACAAAGAAAUGCAUGUCAAACUGUAUUUUGAUGCUGUGCCUUUGGAUAUACAUUUGUAAGUAAUAUUUCUAUUUUGCUUUGGCAGUGUACACUGUUGAGUAUAAAAUACAACAUGGAGCACGAAG